UACUGCAACUCUAUGCUUAACCCAAUCAUCUACUCGUUCACAGUAAAAGAAUUCAAGCGAUCAGCACUUCGCAUAAUCAUUCCAACAUGGAAAUGCAUACACCAACUCCUUCCCAAGCUCAUUCCAUCUCCUCCUGAGCAUAUGCAACGGAUGUCACGACAUGGUCAUCGUCGUAACAAGACUCGUCACCGCUCGUUUGAGAUGGAUUCCGACAAAAAUCGAAAGAUCAUCACUCGAAGCUGUCACAAACGACGUCAAACCGAGCCAGCCGUUUUUGCCCUUCAAAAGAAGAUUUGUGACGUCGCUGCUGAAGAGACGAUAAUGGAAGGAGAAGAAGAUGUCGAGAAUGAUGAGUACAGUGAAUCCAACGGCUUUACAACUUUUCACGAAACGUCACGAAAACUGUCCGAUCUACCUUCAGAAACCUUACUAGCCAUCAAUGAAGAUCUCGAACCAACAAUCGUCUCCUUGAAUGGGGACUGCAAAGCAUACAUCAGCGAUGACUCCUGCUCCAUCAAAGUCAUUUGUGACACUGUGGAAGCCGACCUUUAA